AUGACUUUACUUCAUGAGGAAAGACAAGUGAUUCCAGCUGAACAGAGAAUAGUUGUCGAAUCAGAUGUAUAUGGCGAUUCAUCAUUUGCAAAUCAUGAGGUGAUUGUUCCUGAAGCUGCAACACGCAUAAAUCAUGAAAAGACACGCAAAAUACCACUAGGAGUGUUGUGGACUCGAAAGUCUGCAGAGGACACACCUUUGGCGAGCCACAUCUCUACGAUUAAAAAGGGAUCACACGUGGCAAGUAAAUACACUCCUUAUCAACAUGGAGGCGAGCAAAGCUGGAAUUUCGAAAGAUUUGAUUUGAGAAAAAUGGUCGAGGUCGGGGUGCAGAACCUACCCUCUGAUACCCACACGAUGGAAAUGAUGGAGAUGACUUCGAAUGCAAUUGACUCGUUGCGAGAAAUUAUUCGACAACGGGCCAAGUUAAACAAGCCGCUGAAUCAAAGCAACCAUGGUAGCAGGGUUUGGGCUCAGCCAGUUACUAUUGUCCAAGGCGACGCUAUUGGUGUGAUGCUUCAGAGACCUGGAUGGGAGCUAAUAGUGGUCGCAGCACCAAAUCCAAAGUUGUCUCUUGUAAUGGAUGAAUUCGGGUUGACAGGCGUUGCCAAUUAUCCUGUUUUCAUGUCAACUUGGUGGAUAUCUCUACUGAUGCACGACUUUGAUGAUUGGCGCCGGGACUACCUUGCUAUUCUAGACUAUAAUUUCUUUCUCGAACACAACCUAGAUCAGGCUACUGGUGCCCAGCUUUUAUCACGACUGGAGAAGGAUAUGGUAGCAAUUUGGGAUAUGCCAAAAUUUUCAGACGAGCUCCAAAUUCGUAGAUUACACAUGCUCUGUUCAAUGGCCUUCUUUGAUCUGAAACGUAGACACGAAUCCGACUUUCUCGAUCAGGAUACAGACGGACGUACUGUUUGGAUCCACAAAGAUCGAGAUAUCUGGCGAGAUUUCAAAGCUUUAGAUUCAGCUGGCUACUCGCAUUACUUGCCAUAUGGCCCUCGAGUUAAUGGACGCGAUGACAUGAUGCUGGCUCGUUCAGUCAAUGACUGGAUUGAUCUGGCACCUGACUUGCGCUACCAUGAGUGCAAUCAAUCUAUUUUUGUGCUCACUCAAGGAUCAUUGACAAUGUAUGACCUGACAAAAUGUUAUGAACGAACGGUAUGGAUGUUGAACGCAAGUUUUGACUCAGAAGAGCGACGUGUGGGGUGCAAUGGCAUUGUCGGAACCUGCGUAUGGCAGCUCGGUAACCAUCGCCAUGAUUUGUGGUGCUACUACUCCCUGGCUUAUGGUGACUGCUCAGUUGCGCAGCAAUUGGAUCUUUACAAAAUUGCAAACCUCGCAGAUUGCUAUGCUUCGGAUUUCACGCCGAGGACAUUGUCUGACGCCAAGAUGAUAUCCAUUCCGCGUCAAGAAUAUUCAUAUCACGUUCGGGUGGAUAACCUCGAUCAUAAAGGUUCAACUAUGCUCCACACAACAGUCUGCGAUGCCGUCAAAGCUAAACUAAUUCCAGCAACUGCCAUCGAUUACCAGAUUGUUCUUCCACUCCUUCUACGCACGGGACGAAUGAACGAAGCCACUUUCCUGGGCUAUAUGGAUCAUCACGAUUGUAAUCACUUUGCUAAUAUCAUGCGAUCUGGACAUGCUGAUGGAUUUAGCCAUGAGUAUGCACAUGCCAUUGCAGCGUUGGUCAUGGAAGGAUGGUGGUCGGGAAUUUAA